AUAUCCAAAAACACAUCAAAAGCGUUUUGAAAAAAUGGAAUCGUCAGAAGGGAAGGGAAAGAUAUGUGUGACUGGUGGCACUGGAUUUAUUGCUUCAUGGAUCAUCAAGAGGCUGCUCGAAGAUGGUUACUCUGUUAAUACCACCAUUAGAUCCGAUCCAGGACGCAAGAGAGAUUUGAGCUUCCUCACAAUCCUACCUGGAGCUGCCCAGAAGCUUAAGUUCUUCAACGCUGAUCUGAGCGACCCGGAAAGUUUCAAAGACGCCAUUGAAGGGUGCGUAGGAGUGUUCCACACAGCAACACCAGUUGAUUUUGAAGAGAAUGAAAGCGAAGAAGUGGUCACAAGGAGGACGAUUGAGGGAGCACUGGGAAUCUUAAGAGCCUGUGUGAGAUCAAACACUGUGAAACGCGUCGUUUACAUGUCAAGUGCUUCGGCCGUGAUCCACAACAACAAAAACGACGACGUAAUGGACGAGAGCUUCUGGAGCGACGUGGAUUUUCUGAGAAGCGUGAAACCAUUCGCAUGGACUUACGCAGUUUCAAAGACGUUAGCAGAGAAGGCAGUGCUUGAGUUUGGAGAAAGAAAUGGAUUACAAGUUGUGAGUUUGAUGCCUUCUUUUGUGGUUGGACCUUUCAUUUGCCCUAAGAUUCCUGGCUCUGUUCACCUCUCUUUGUCUUUGGUUUUCGUUGAUGCAGGUGAGAAGGAUCAAUACGGUUUGAUUCUUCGUGCUCAUAUGGUGCAUGUCGAUGACGUGGCUCGAGCUCACAUAUUUCUGCUUGAACAUCCUAAUCCAAAAGGAAGAUAUAAUUGUUCACCAUUCAUUGUAUCCAUUGAAGACAUGUCUGAGCUUCUCUCUGCCAAACACCCAGAAUUUCAGAUCCCAUCAAAAGAGUCUCUAAAGGAAAUUAAGGGUUACAAGCUACCAGAUCUAUGUUCGAAGAAGCUUAUGGAUGCUGGGUUUGAGUUCAAGUAUGGAUUGGAACAAACGUUUGAUGAUGCUAUUCAAUGCUGCAAGGAAAAGGGUUAUCUGUAAUUUUUGUUCACUCUCCGAAAUUAAGAACCAAAAGUAAAAGGAACAUGAAAGAAGAAUAUUGUUUUUUAGGUCUUUAUUAUAAUUACAUAAUAAUAAGGAAAGAUGAGAUGUUUAUCCAUGGAUAUAAUGUAACUUUUGUUGCUCUAUUAUGAUCUCCGGAUAUUAUUGAUAUUCUAAUAUUUUUGUCUUUGCAGAAAUCAUUAUAUAUA